AUGACAUUCCUCGAGUCACUACCCGUCCCGUCUCUCGACAGGCCUUUUGGCGUGCACCUAUGGCCCCUCUUCAGCAAGGCCUUUGAACUGGUGGCAGGCUAUCCUGCCGAUGACUUUAAGUUCGUUGCGGGGGAGACACCAAUGUCGACCCUAAGGGACACUUCCAUCUUCGUCGCCGUUUACUACACCGUCAUCUUUUCCGGCCGGGAAUGGAUGCGAAACCGAGAGCCCUUCAAGCUGAAGUCUCUGUUCCUGAUCCAUAACUUCGUCCUCACGGCCGUAAGCGCAAUCCUGCUUGCGCUGUUCGUCGAGGAGCUGCUUCCUACGGUUGUUCGAAAGGGCAUUUUUUAUGCCAUCUGUGACCAUGAUGGUGGCUGGACGCAGCCCCUGGUUGUCCUCUACUACAUGACUUAUCUGACCAAGUAUCUUGAGCUUCUCGAUACUGUAUUCCUGUUCCUCAAAAAGAAGCCUUUGACGUUCCUGCACUGCUACCACCACGGCGCGACGGCCGUUCUGUGCUACACCCAGCUGAUUGGCCACACCUCAGUUUCAUGGGUUCCCAUCACUCUAAACCUAACCGUCCACGUCGUUAUGUACUGGUAUUAUUUUCAGAGCGCUCGUGGUGUUCGCAUAUCGUGGAAGGAAUGGGUCACGAGACUGCAGAUCGGGCAAUUCGUCAUCGAUCUCGGCUUCGUCUACUUUGCAUCCUACACGUACUUCACGUCGACCUAUUUCACCUGGAUGCCGCACUCGGGCCAGUGUGCUGGAGAGGAGUUCGCCGCCUUUGCAGGCAUUAUUAUUCUCAGCUCCUACCUCGUGCUCUUCAUCUCCUUCUACUUGGCCACGUACAGCAAGGAAGGAAAGCCGCCUACUGCUCGCAAGGCUCUGCGACGCAUGUCCCAAGCGCGCGCUCUGGACCCUCACUCCUUCGAUGCCAAAGCCAUGACCACCGGAGCUGGCACUGGCGACGUCUUGCCCCGGUCCCGGAAGGCGUAA